AGACACGCUCCCAGGCGCAACCGGCCAUUCGUAGUCGCUGUCGCCGUCUUCGUCUUCGCUGCCGUAGCCGCCGUCGUUUCUGUCGUUAUCGUCGUCGUGAAUCUCCCCUUUGGUAGAUCCAAGAGAAACGACCGGCGAAGACAAACAGACAGCUGCGCGCGCGCUCGAGGGUUCGGAGACGCGAUCCUUACGCGAACGGAACGAUUGGCGGUUCGCUUUUAUGUGUGCGACGAUUUGGCGAAUGCAUUAGUGUGUGAGUUUCCAAAUGUUUCAGAGAAAAGUGUUCGUUACCGAAAAGAAGAAAAUUAAUACCAACAUAAAAAGACAGCAAUCGUAACAGCAGAUGGAAAAUCUAAAAUAAAAAUUGUUCCGUUCAAAGCAGUUCUGAAAAACAUUAAGCAUAAUUUUUGUUAAAAGCAUCCAUUAGAAAAAAAAAACAAUUUACAAGUGGAAAAAAGCGCGGUUGCAAGGAAAGAAUACAACGCGUCCGCAAGCGACGAACUCGCGCAAAUCUCCCAUUGCAUACGGUACGGUGUCCCGGUUGGCAUUUGGUGUCGCGUUUCGGGCGUUCCGGUUUCCGAUAUUCGAUAGUGAAUUGUGAGACGACGACGACGAAUUGAAGUGUUUCGUUUCCUACCGAGUGUUGGCGUACGGGUUUUUCGGCGCGGCUUUUGGUGUUCCAGAAGUGAUUCCCGAUUCAACGAAAAGCGCACUAUAAAUAUUCGACAACGCUGUGAGUGUGCUGUGAGGCAGAUAUAAUUUUGAUUGUUUUGUUUUUUGCUACAUCUCGUGCCCCAAAUGUGUGCCGGUUCGUCGGUGGUUCGUGCCUACGACGUCGUGUGUGUGCGGUGAUAGCACACCCGGGACAGGAAUCGGUGUCCUGUUGCGAAAGAAAUUGCAAACAAAAAGCAAAUAAAAAGGGGAAAAAAAGUUAAAGAAAGAAAAGCAACCCCUGCUCGGUUGUUCGGUUCAACAGUGUCCUGCACGUCGUUUCGUCGUCGUCCACGGUUCCCCGGCUACCGAUGUGUAGUUUAUUGAGCGAUUAACAGGAGAUAAAUAUAGCCGUUCAGGUUCCAAAAUGAUACGGCUAGGGCUCUACCUUGCAGCGUCAUGGACGAUACUAUGCACCUAUGGUGCAGCAAUGCCAGAUAUUCAUCGUCAUAUGUCCUCCGCUCAGCUACAGGAAGUGUUUCACGUGGACCACGCAGACCUGGUCCCGCACUAUGAGCUCGUCAAGCUAACACAUCACACAAACACGCCGGUGUUGGCGAGCGCCCGGCGGAAACGCAGCAUAGAAAGCGCUUCCUCCUCGGGCACAGCAGUGGGCUCCAAAUCGAACGGUCUCAAUGACGCCGGUAGCAACAGCUACAGCCACCACGUCAAGAAGGACCUCAGCAAGGUGCGCUUCACCGAAAAGGUGAGCGAGCUGCCGGUCAAACCGGGCCAGCAGAGGAAACCGGUGCCAGCAGUGCGGCAACAGGUCCCGCUGGAGGCUGGUCCGCUGGUGAACAGCGAACAGGACGACGUGAUCACCAUCGAACCGCUGGUGGAGUCGGCGGGCAUCAGCAUAGCCGACAUGGCCGAGCACCGGGUGUCGUUCGCUGCGUUCGGCGAAAACGUCAACCUAACGCUACGGAAGACGGAAGGUCUUCUGCGGGGCGGUGCACACUCGCUGCGGAUGUGGAACGUCCGCUCGGAUCCCAACUCCACGCAGGGGCUGGUCUACGAAGAGAUUCACGAUGAGGAUCCAGAACCAGCCGACUCGUUCGGUGACAUCUAUCAGGAUGAGGACAAUAUGGCGGCCGUCCUGAUGCGAAAGCAUUUGGAAAGUGGAGAUCUUAUGAUGGAGGGUAGUAUAGGUCAUGAACUAGUGAUAAAGCCAGUGCCAACCGAAGUCUCCCAGGAGGAGGAUGGAAGUGUUCAUCACGUUAUUUAUAAGCGCAAGACUCCCGAGGAGCACAACGAUCAGCUAAGUGAUUAUGCAUUCAUGGAACCGGACCGGCUGCAGAAACGGUUUCGCGCCAAGCGCAGCCCACAGGGCUACUAUAAGAGCUCGCGGGCCAUCGAUCGGACCAUCUACCCGGAGAUCCUGGUCAUCGUCGACUACGACGGCUACCGGCUGCACGGUGGCGACAACGUGCAGGUCAAGCGCUACUUCGUGUCCUUCUGGAACGGCGUCGACCUGCGGUACCGGCUGCUGAAGGGGCCAAAGAUUCGCAUCAGUAUCGCCGGCAUCAUCAUUUCGCGGGGACGCGAUGCAACCCCCUACCUGGAGCGAAACCGCGUCGGUCGGGAUGCGAUCGAUUCGGCGGCCGCUCUCACCGACAUGGGCAAGUACCUGUUCCGGGAACGAAGGCUACCGGUGUACGACAUUGCCGUCGCAAUCACGAAACUAGAUAUGUGUAGAAGGCAAUAUGCAAAUGACGCGUGUAAUCGCGGUACCGCAGGAUUCGCCUACGUCGGUGGAGCGUGCGUCGUGAACAAGCGGCUGGAAAAGGUCAACAGUGUUGCCAUCAUCGAGGAUACCGGCGGUUUCAGCGGCAUCAUUGUGGCCGCCCAUGAAGUUGGCCAUCUUUUGGGUGCCGUGCACGACGGAUCACCGCCGCCCAGCUACCUCGGAGGUCCCGGAGCGGAGAAGUGCCGCUGGGAGGAUGGCUACAUUAUGUCCGAUCUUCGACACACCGAGCGAGGAUUCCGCUGGUCGCCAUGCAGUGUGCAGAGUUUCCAUCAUUUCCUAAACGGUGACACCGCCAGCUGCCUGCACAAUCCUCCUCACGAGGACGAAGCCCUCGGACGGGCGCUGCCCGGGACGCUGUUGUCGCUGGACGCGCAGUGUCGGCGUGAUCGCGGGACGUCCGCCUGCUUCAAGGACGAGCGUGUCUGCGCGCAGCUCUUCUGCUUCGACUCGGCCAGCGGCUACUGCGUCGCCUAUCGGCCCGCAGCCGAGGGAUCAUCCUGCGGAGACGGACAACACUGUCUCGAUGGUAGAUGUGUUGCCGAACACGAGAACAUUAUUCCGGACUAUUCGCAACAUACUCCAUCGUACACGCGCUACAAUCAACAGUCUGUGAAAUAUAACUACGACGACAAGUCAGAUCAGCAGGAAGAAUAUUAUGAACCGUCUAGCACGCCAACGACAUCAACCACAACGACAACGACAGCCAGCACCACCACCACCACCACCACCACUACAACACCAUCACCGCCGCCAGCGACAUCGACGAGGAACUACUACCAGUACUUCCACCACAAGUCCACGACUUUGGAUGAUGAGGACAAGCGAUACAAAAACUUUAUGAAUGCCAUCAAACGGAAGCGAUUACAACAUCUGAAGGAGCAGCUACAGCUACAGCAGCAGCAGCAAGAACUCAUCACCAACCAGCAGUAGCAGUAGUAGUGGCAUAGACCAUAUGAUGGCCGGUGCUUUUGCUGGUGAGAAGGAGGCCGAGAUGGACAACCGUUCGAAGGCGACCCUUCGCUACUAUUAUGUGUGCGUGUGUUCAAUUUUUGUGUAGCCAUUAAGGGAAGGAUUUUUGUUAGUACUUACCAUGUGUUCGAAACCCAUCGUCAACUCAACGAGAAAAACAAAACAGUUCACUACACUACAAGGUCUCACCGCGAUACGAGCAAGCCGCGUAGGAUAAGCAAUACUUUCUCGUGCGUCCCGAAACCACUUCCAACGCAACGACUCCUUUCGGAAAAAAGACAACCCUUGCGAAGGGUAAUGUACUCGAAAUUCGUUUUCAAACAGUCAGGUUCGAAUAGCAUUUUGGCCAUCGCAAAAUAUGUUCAUAUUGUAGAAUUUCCCUCAAGAAAAUUACUUAUGUGCUGCCAAAAGGAAGCUCGUUUAGGACAUCACACCAACAAACAACUGCCCAUCAUAGUAAUCCUUUCUUUAGCGUCAUGGCAAUCGUUUGAUCUUUCAUCAACUGCAUGGACAACGAUGACAUUUCUGUUGUUAAAAUCGUUAGCUAAGCCUACUUUAAACUGCAAGCCCGGCGGGGUGCGACUGCGAAGAAAAGAAGCAAGCAAAAACAAUCUUCCGACAUUCAUGCAACAGCCACACACAUACCCUACGACAUAAUACUGCUUGUCUGUUCAAUGUAAAUAGUUAGAGCACUAGGAUCUGUUUAUUAUUAUUCGUUUUAGUGCAAGGCGCGACGUACACAUCAUACCGUUAUAUUAGUGUCACUUUCGCGUGAUGCCGGUUAGGAAGCGAUCGUAACAAAACACAAACACAAAAAAAACAGAUGAAAACAAAUCGUUGAGCGAAUGUUCUGUUUUUUUUUUUCUUUUCUUUUCUUAGUUUGCCUCGUUAGUUAACGAGUACUUGAAUUGGAUGUAAAACGUUAACAGUAAGUCAAUAAUUCCCCACGAUUUAGGUAGCGAACGAAAACAAAACAUUACAAAACAAACACACAAAACUCAAAUGCAUACGAGCAGAAGAGGUAGUUGAACACCCGGAAGCCCGGUUUUAAAAAUAAGGGUUGACCAAGUAGGGCCACACACACACAAGGCACCGUUGAGUAGAGUUUUAAUUUAUUCGAUCUAAGUUAUGCAGUAAAUGCCCGACGGCAGCUUCAUUUUUUUUCUUGAUUCCGAUUUGCGCUGCAAGCGCGUUGUAAGCGACAUCGUUGAUUCGAAACUGCGUUGCAGACAAAUAGGGUUAGGGUAGGCCUCCACGACAGACGUUUAGUGUUUAGUGAGUAAACUAAGCGAAUGUGGGCGAAUAAUUUAGAAUUUAGAAAUUAACUGAUAGGCAGCUCUAUUUUAAGGCACGUGCCUUACACUGCGAUGUAAUUGAGGAUAAAGGACAAAAUCACAGCGAUCAAUAGUAGUGGGAGCGCAUGUGACGAUGAUUAUGAUUGCAAUCGCAAUGCUGAAGAGGAUGAAUGUAUUUCGUUUAUAUAUUUUGUAAAAAAAAAAAAACAGGCGCAUCUGAAUAAAAAC